GUGCCGGAAAAAGCACUUUGGGCAAUUUGCUUCUUGGAAAACCACACGAAGAUGGGCCUUUUUAUACUUCAGCAUCAAUGGCAAGAUUCUGUCACCGACGAAUGUUGUGUAGCAACAAUGUCAAUCGAUGGCUUGAUGUACAACAUUGUUGAUACACCUGGAAUUUUUGAUACUAAAAAAGAAUCUGACACAAUACUUACAAAAAUCUCUAAAGCUGUUAAUCAAUGUGCUUUUGGGGUUAAAGCUAUUCUUAUUGUAUUUGAAGCAAAACGAUUUACCCAAGAACAAAAGGAUGUUUUAAAUGAAAUAAGAACAUUUCUUGGAAGAGAUGCAACGAAUCACAUUAUCGCUGUGUUUUCCCAUGCGACAAAAACUCAAACUGAGUUUAAAGACAGAAUGCAAAAUGACUGGAAUACUCAUGUCAAAUCUUUUGUCCAAAAUAUUGGAUAUCGUUGGGGUAUUUCCCCUAAUCCUGAUAUUUUUCCUUCCGAUAAUCAAAUACACAAAGAACGGUUAAAUGAGAUCAAGCAGUUAAUUAAAAGUAUUCAAGGUGUCUACACUACCGAACAACUUGAAGUGAAUCUGAGAGAACAAGAGAGGAUUCGGCGUCAAAAAGAAGAGGAUGAGAGGAAAAAAAAGCAAGAAUACGAGGAAAAACUCAAAGAAAAAGCGAGAAGAGAAACUGAAGAGGCUUAUAAGCGUCAAAUGAAAGAGGCUGAAGAGGCUCAAAGACGUCAAAUGAAAGAGAUUGAAGAAUCUCACAGACGUCAGAAGAAAGAAGCUGAAGAAGCUCACAGACGUCAGAUGAGUGAAAUGAGAGAAGCUGAAAAUGCCCGCUGGCGUGAGCAAGCUAAAAAAGAAAGGGAAGAAAAAGCUAUGAAAGAAGGAUUAGGUUUCACUACAGGGGCGACGACUGGUGCUUUAGCUGGUAGUGUGGCUGGUCCAAUUGGUGCAGCAAUUGGAGGUGCAGUCGGAGGUGCAGUUGGAUGGUUAG